CUUACACAAAUGUACGCCAAUACUACCUAUGACUACAAAUCUUGAUGAGUGGAGAUGAUGAGUCUUUUGUCACGUGUGGCUGUAUAUCGUCUCGCAGGUCCUACAUCUGGCCGAACGUAUGUUGUCCUGCUUCAAGAGGUUAUUGUUGUAGCCAGACGUGUCGAGGGAAGUGAGUCUCGUGGGACGAGUUUUAUGUGUGCAUAUGAACGUAUGCAUAUCACUCGAGAUUAGACCGCGAGUGUACAAGCCGCCGUCGACGCAUUGUCUUUCAAGAAGGAUGACCUAAACCAGAAGCUCCAUUGCAUUUGCAAGUGGUGGGUGCGAACAAUGAACGAAUAUGGGAAGGAACGAUCGGCGCGCUCGGGAAUGCCAAGAUAAGCUCCAGCUGGCGACCGCCCGGCAUUACCGAUAAGACCAAAAAUUAUCUGACCGGUUUCUUGAGCGGACAAUUGAAUCAAGCAUAUUCAUACUUGCCGCAAACAUGUUCGCUGUUAAAGGAUGGUCAGUCGACUCGAAAGCGCUCAAGACACAACAAGCCGCGCAACCUGCGAAGAAGUCUGAGGAUGGCGCACCCGGAAACUCUGGCCAAAACAAGAAGAGAAAGAGAGGCGGCAAGGACAGAACUCCCCGAGAUGUCAACGACUCGAAUGUAGGUGACCUCUGGGCCACUACGAUCGAGGGCAAGAAAGCGCCCAAGAAGCCAAAAAUCGAGAAGAAGGAGAAGACUGAGGCCGUCGAGGAAGCUGCAGCAGCUGGCGCAGAGGCCGAGACGGCCGCAGUCGACGGGGAGAAGAAGGAGAAGGCUGUGUCCGAGCAGAAAGAGAAGACAUCGGACAGCAACAAGGCAAAGAACAAGAAGCGCCAGAAGCAGAGAGCGGAGAAGGAGAAGGAAGCUGCUUCAGCAGAGGCCGGCAAGGCGCUGGCCAACACUCCCGCCGCUCCUCCUUCGCUGCCAGUCAAUGCCAAACUCACUCCCAUGCAAGCCGCCAUGCGCCAGAAGCUCAUCUCUGCCCGUUUCCGCCACUUGAACGAGACUCUCUACACCGCUCCCUCUGCCACCUCGCUCGCUCUCUUCGCCGACAAUCCCGAGAUGUUCGACGACUACCACUCAGGCUUCCGCCAACAAGUCACCACAUGGCCCGAGAAUCCUGUCGACAUCUUCAUCCGCAGUAUUCGCGACCGCGCAAAGGUCAAGCUUUACAACCAGAACAAAGCCUUCCGCGACGUGAAGAGAGGAAAGGCGCCAAAGGUGGUGGAAGAGGAGGAGCCGGCUGGCCCGGCAAACCCUCUACCACGCACACACGGAACCUGCACCGUUGCAGAUUUGGGCUGUGGAGACGCAAGAUUGGCUGCUACUUUCCACGAAGACGGCAGUGGUUCCCGCUACAACCUGAAGAUCAACUCAUACGAUUUGCAAUCUCCCAGCAAGUUUGUCACAUUGGCGGAUAUCGCAAACUUGCCUUGCGCGGAUGGCAGCCACGACGUAGCCAUCUUCUGUUUGGCGCUGAUGGGCACUAACUGGAUCGACUUUAUCGAAGAGGCAUACAGAAUUCUGCACUGGAAAGGCGAACUCUGGAUCUCUGAGAUCAAGUCAAGAUUUGGAAGAGUGGGAGGUGACAAGGGCAAGGGUGGUCAGAGAGUCGUCGAACACAGCGUGGGCAAUCGUCGCAAGGCUGCUGCAAAAGCAAAGGCUGCAGAUGCUACUCGUGCCAAACUCACAGCCGAGGAGGAAGAGGCUGCUCUUCGCGAGCACGUCGACGAGGUUGUGCUGAAGAACGAAGAGACCGAUGUUUCAGGCUUCGUUGAGGUUUUGCGACGAAGAGGUUUCGUGCUCAAGGAUGAGAACUCUGUUGAUUUGAGCAACAAGAUGUUUGUCAAGAUGGAGUUCAUCAAGGCCGCUGCACCUGUGGUUGGCAAGAAUGUGCAAGAGGCUGGCGAGGAGAGAAAGGGCGAGCAUGGUACUUGGAAGCCCAAGUUUAAGAAGUUUGUCGAGGAAGAGACCAAGGAGGUCAGUGUUGAAGACGAGACUAAGGUUCUCAAGCCUUGCUUGUACAAGAUCAGGUAGAGAGUGGAUAGCGACGACAGAUUUUUUAUGAUUAUGUUG